AUGUUUGGAUAUAAUUCGUACGAGGAAUUAGUAUUAAGAGACUACACAAUAGCAAAAAAAGAUAAUAGUGAUGAUAAAGAUAACUUGCCACCUCCUAAUCUGACUUCUCCUUCAUCCUCGGGUCUAAUAACCGACGCAAGCGAUAAAAGUAAUAAUUCAAAAACAAAUCCAGGAAAAGAUAAUCAGUCCGAAGCAAAAAAUAAUGCUAAAACCAUUAAAUUUGAAAAUAAAGAGAAUGAAGGCAAAAAUAAUCUUGCUAAUCCUACUGAAAAGUCGCCUAAUGAAACCUUAGUCAUUAAUCUCUCGGACAUUAAAAGAAUAACCUUAACCUCCCAAGGUCAAUUAAUUGUUGAAUUUAAUAACUCAAAAACUCACAAUAUGACUGCCGAACAAGUAAAUAAUAAUUCAGAAUUACAAACAAUUAAAAAUUAUUGUCAAAAGAGUGGCAAAAGUAGUUUAAGUCGGUUCGAGUUAGAUAAAAUUUUCAGCAGCACCAAUGAAACUAAUACAGGGUCAGUCGGCAAGCCUACGGAUAAUAACCACGCACUAGUAAUAGGAUUAAGUGUAGCCGUUGCCCUAACAAUUGGUUUAGUAAUUGGACUAUUAUUAAAAAGAAAGAAGAGCAUUAAAAGGAGUUAA